AUGGCUUAUUCACACCUUUUUUGUUUUGUUUGUGACUAUGUUGUCAUAGCUUGUCUUUUUUUUUUUUUACGCGUGCGGCAUAUUCAGAGUUUCCAGGCUUUGAAUCUCAUCUACUGCAUGCAGACACGACUGAAGUCACGGCCAGAUGAGCCCAAAUUAGCCGUGCAUCCACCUAGCUGCACUACUCCGCUCUGGGGUGUGUGGGAGAUGUGGUGCGUUUUACCAGAAUCUGCGGCUGGGGCGACUGGGAAUAACGCAGGCGUGCGAGGCAGCGCCGUAAAAGGGAGGGUCCCCACCAAGGUUAAGGAAACUAAUGCAACAUGGCUGGAUCAGGCGCGCAGCAUUGGCCUUUUUGACAACGCUGAAGGUUUCUGGGGAAUUGUUAAGUGCACGUUGCCACCUUCAGAGUUGCCACCCGGCAUCACAUAUUACAUGCUCCGGCGCAACAUUGCUCCCAUGUGGGAGCAUGAGGCCAAUCGGCGAGGAGGGCGCUGGGUGGUUCGAUUUCAACACCAAAAACACCGUCAGCAAUCGAAAGGAGAAAAGGAAGGGGAAGGGGAAGGGGCCGAGGAUCAGCCGGCGCGGAUUGAUGAGGCUUGGGAAAAGCUGUGCAUCGCGUUGAUUGGAGAACAAUUUCCGUGUCCAGAGACAGAGAUCUGCGGUGCCGCGCUGCGGCGGGCAGAGCGGCGUAGAGAAUGGAAGUUGAGUUUGUGGACACGCACGGCGGCUGACCAUGACACGCAGUUGGGCAUUGGCCAUUUCAUGAAAAAGUUUCUGGAUUUAGAAGACGGUGCCCUGCAGUAUCUGUCUCACCGUGAACUGAUGCAGGCAAGUGAGGAGGGAUGCUGGAAGGUGCCAUCCAAAUAUGAGUUAUAG